UUUUAUAAAAGUUCAAUUUCGGCUUCUUAGUGGCAAAAUUCUUAAUGUGUUAACUUUUCGGCCGUACCGCGUCACGAUCUAAACUUAAUUUGCAAAAAAAAAUCUUUAACCUAUACACAAUAUAACUACACAAGAAUUAAAAAAAAAAAAACAAAAAAUAAAAUAAAUUCGCAAUAGACCAGAUCUAAAAAUUUUUAUCAUUCGUGUUCCCUUUCGGCCAUUGCAAGCUAAAAAUAAAAGAAAAUAGGCAAGUAAACAAUAAACAGGGCAAAUAUAGCUAAACAGAAGACAGACAGAACAGAAAGAAAGUGAGAAAAACUAAAGAGAGCAACGCAAGUGAGCAGCAAGAAACAACAACAAUCUCAAGAAUUCUCACAUAAAUAAUUUAUUGCAAAAUUAAAUUGAAUCAAGUAAGCUGUAACAACAACAACAACAAUUACAGCGCACUUGGACUCGAAAAACGCGUGGAAAACAUAGAAAAGAAGUGAAAAAUUAACAGAGCAAAAGAGGCAGAGAGAGCGUAAAGAUUUAGGGAGUACAAUAUAGAGAAAGAUAGAGGGAGAUCGUCAUAAAAUCAUGCUCAGUUCUCUGGACGCGCUGGCGGGUAAAAUUGCCAAAGCGACGCCGGGCACAGGCGCUGUGGCGGCCAGUGCCAAUGGCAAUAAACCAACAAAUAAUGCCCAUCAUCCGGCGCAUCAGCAUCAUGGAACACGGCAUCAACUGGACUAUGAUUACUCAGCCGUUGAGAUCGAACCACCUGCCGAACAAUUGGCCAAUUCGCCGCGCAGCGAACGCGAGAGAUUGCAACAGGCGCAACAUGCAUACGAGCAGCAGGCACAGGCCGAGCUCGAGUUUGGCUUGGCCGAAGUGGAUACAAAAAGCUGUCUAACACUGCUCACACAUCGCCGCAGCAGCCAGAGUAUGCACCUGCUCAAUCAUAGCGCACAGGCCGCAGCGGCGGCAGCAGCGGCAGCGGCGGGCAAGUCAGGUAAUGGUCAUGCCAGGCAUCAGCAGCAGCAACAGCAGCAGCAUUAUCAUCAUCCAUAUCAGCGUCCAUUGCGGCCAGUGUCACCUGCGUUGCAGCAGCAACACAGUCCACCGCAGCAUCAACAGCAGCAGCAGCAGCAGCAGCAGCAGCAACAACAUCAACAGCAAUCGCCAUAUCAGCAACAGCUAUCACAUUUGGCCGCGCUGCAGGAUCACCAUCAGGAACUGCUGCAAUCACAGCAGGAACUGUUCCACAAGCAGCUGAUCAACUUGCAACAGCAACAGGAAAGAGAACGCCAGUCUGCCGUUAAUUAUAAUGAUAGCUGCAACAGUGACCACGACUCACAGCAUGAGUACAAAAUUUGCCUGAGGGAUAGUGCAUUUGGUAUGAGCGAUAAGAGCAGCAGCGCUACCAACAGCCUACCGAAUAGUCCCAUACAUAGCAACAACAAUUCGUCGCUGCUCAACAACAACAACUCGAGCUUGGUGGGCAGCAACAAUUCGCUAACGGGCACACCCUUUGGUAACGGCAAUAACAACAACGCCAACAACAGCAUCAUGUCCAGCAGCUUGAUGAACAACAACAAUUCGUGCAGCGCCAAUCGCAAUGUUGUCAGCAUGGACGAUGAUUCGUGCUAUCGCCUAGAUCCGGACACGGCCGUCGUUACCUAUGGUGAGAAGGAGCCCGAUCCCGAUAACAUUAAAAUGUUUGUGGGCCAGGUGCCCAAAUCGAUGGACGAGGCUCAGCUGCGCGAAAUGUUUGAGGAAUACGGACCGGUGCACUCGAUAAAUGUGCUGCGCGACAAGGCCACGGGCAUUAGCAAAGGUUGUUGCUUUGUUACUUUUUAUACGCGCCGCGCCGCGCUGAAAGCUCAGGACGCACUGCACAACGUGAAAACGCUGAAUGGGAUGUAUCACCCCAUACAAAUGAAACCCGCCGAUAGUGAAAAUCGCAAUGAACGCAAACUGUUCGUGGGCAUGCUAAAUAAGAAGCUGAACGAGAACGACGUGCGUAAAUUAUUUGAAGUUCACGGCGCCAUCGAGGAGUGCACUGUGCUGCGCGAUCAGAACGGCCAGAGCAAGGGUUGUGCCUUUGUUACCUUUGCCACCAAACACGCUGCCAUCUCGGCCAUUAAAGUGACCCUGAGUCAGAACAAAAUAAUGGAGGGCUGCACAUCGCCGCUGGUUGUUAAAUUUGCCGAUACGCAAAAGGAGAAGGAACAGAAGAAGAUACAGCAAAUUCAGGCGAAUCUAUGGAAUCUGGCGACCAAUAUUAACAUACCGCUAGGCCAGACGCCGACCACUGUAUCCACACCGAUACUGCCAAACCCACCGCAACAGCCGUCGCCGGUGAUGGGCGCCGAUGCGUUGACGCCCGCCAGCAUUCAGUUGCUACAGCAGCUCCAAACAGUUGGACUGCAGCAACAGCUGCUUCAAGCGCUCACAGGCUUAGGUUCCGCCCAGCAAAACAAUUCGUCACAGGACACAACAAGCGCCGCAGCUGGUCUGUUGAAUCCUCUAGCCGUACAAAAUUUGGCAGCCAUUGCCGCCAUGACCCAGCCGAGUCUGACCAAUGCAGCCACAUCGCCGGGCAGUGCACAGUUGACCAAUACGGCGGCACUUUUAUGGUCCGAUCCGAAUCCAUUGGCAUCGGCGUAUAUGUCAACAGCCGCUGGCUUACCGCAAUUUGGAAGCACCACCGCACUGUCCACCUCACCGUUAGCCAGCGUUGCGCUGAGCGCCGCUGCGGCCGCAGCUGCGGGCAAGCAGAUUGAAGGACCUGAAGGCUGCAAUUUGUUUAUCUAUCAUUUGCCGCAGGAGUUCACCGAUACAGAUUUGGCAUCAACUUUCUUGCCAUUUGGCAAUGUUAUUUCGGCCAAGGUGUUCAUUGAUAAGCAGACGAGUCUAUCGAAAUGCUUUGGUUUCGUUUCCUUUGAUAAUCCGGAAUCGGCACAGAUGGCCAUCAAGGCCAUGAACGGCUUUCAGGUGGGCACGAAGCGUUUGAAGGUGCAGCUGAAGAAACCCAAGGAUGCAUCCAAGCCCUACUAGUGGUUAAGAAAACAGACAGAGAGAAGAGAACUACGAAGAAUCAGCUGCAAGAACAACCUUACCAACUAAUAUGAACAAUAACUACAACAACAACAACAACAACAACAAUUGCUAAAAGAGCAACAAGAAAUGUUUACCCCAAAAGAAAAUAAAAUACCAAAUUGUCAAAUGGAGUAGUCCAAUGAAGAGUUACCCGUGUGGAGCGCGCGUUUAAAGUAAACCAAAAAGUCAAGAAGCCUACGUUGUACGUAUACCCUAUUAAAAAAAAAAAAAACAAAAAAUAGGAAAAACUAUAAAAAACAUAAAAAAAUAUAUAUAUCCAAAUGAAAAAGACAUGAAUUUGUGCCAAAAAGAGACAGCAAAUAUAUAUACCUAGCACAUUAAAUGUUGAAGUUAAAACAAGAAACAAAUACAAAACAUAGAUACCCCAUAAUUUUAGUGCCUUAGUUUAGCGUUUAGUUUUGUCGACACACUCUCUGUUUGUUACGCUUUGAAGUUACUUUCGCAACAAAUUUAACGACACAUUUAUAUUUUUUAAGCUGUUGUCGUACAGUUACAAUUUUUUAACGAUUAAUUUUUGUACACACUUUAUGCCCCUUUUCGAAAAUAUGACACUACAUAUACUAUUUAAUCUGUUUCAAGUGUUAGCUCUUAAGUUUCACACAAAACAUAACAGAAAAGAAAACUAUUUAAAAUACCCAAUUCCUUUGAACAAUCCACACUUGUCUCUGUUUCAUAUGUUCAUCUCAUAAUGUUGCACAAGUCACAAGCUUUUUGAACCGUUUCGUUGAAUAUCUGAAGUUCUCAACUAAACAAAUAUACUACUCUAUUAUCUAUAAUAUA